AAGUUGCUAGUGUUGGGCGCGCCUCAACUAGGCAAGGUCUGUGUGCCGUGUUGUAGUGAAAUUAAUUAACUCGUUUCUCAUAGUUUUGUCCUUAGUGGUGUCUAUUUGGACAUGUGAUAUUUUGCCAAACUGUUACAUAAAUAUUGUGUUGAGUUCAUAGAAGGAUUUGGGGCGCUCACACGGUGAUUUUAUUCGAAUAUACGUAUCAAGAUGAUUUGGUUACCAAUAUUUUUGGUAGCCGCGGUUGGCUGCGUGGGCGGCCAGGAGACGGCACAGACGAGGGUUGCGAGCUCACUCAGCGAAUGUUACAGCAACCCUAACCUCCUGAAUAGGAACAACUUGCCACCAGUCACUAUGCCAGUCCUCAUUGACCUAAUACGAAAAAUAGAAGAUAACACUACCACGUUGAACUUAAGGGAGAUGUCAACUCUACUGCUUCACACGUUUCGCCAAGAUGGUAUCCAAUACCAUCAGCCAGAGAACUCAGUCACUUCUGCAAAUGUCCUGCCAUUCGCCCCAACUUUUCACUCGUUCCACCGUAACAGGCUGCUGCUGACCAGGCUUCUUCCUGAGAACAGGCUUACUUUGAGUGCUGACACCUUGCCUGCCGUACUAAAGUGUACUCUUCAUCACAUGCUGUCAACAACUGUAGACACAAGAGUACGAGGGGAUGAAAACGGUUGCAGUCAACUAUCCCAAUAUCGAGCUCUAAGAACUGCGAGGUCCGGUCGCUCUAUUAGCGACGAUGUCGAAAUUUUGAAGCCAUCUGACUUACUAUCUGCUAACAAGAACGGAAAGAUGAGGCAAUACGAUCCCAAUAAUGAUGUGGAGUACGGUAAUGUAGGUGCUGGGGCCAUGUCUGAGCGUCAAGUUGCUGAGAGUACUUGUCCUCUGUUGGGCGGUGUGGUGGACACAGCUUGGGGUGCCGUAUCUGCAGGAAACGUGAUCGCCGGUAUUGCAACGGGAGCUCAAAUACAAGUAGUCAACAUCUUGCAGCUGGUCAGGGACGCCAGUCUUAACUACAGGAAUGUUCAGCAAACUGUCACUUCUUUGUUCCCAGCCACAUUAGCUGGUGAUCUGGCCGAAGCCGUCCUCAUUCAAGGUACAGAGCGAGGCAGCACUUCUAUCGCAAUAGGUACUGCUGGUGGCUGGAACAGUACUCAAGCUCGCAGACACUUCAUUUUGCAAAACCGCGUUAACGUUGAGAUGACUGACCCUGAGAUCCGAGGAGGCAUUGAUGGAUUUGUUCUUGGUAGAAAUGUUGUGGCACAACUGGGAGUCGCCAGCAAUAUGAAGCUCUCACAACUCUUGGAUAUGUACUAUUCACCUAGGAAUGGUGCUUUGGACCCCAACCUGCGAGCUUGCAACCGCCGUGAAUCUUUGAAUAAUUUUGUAACCAAUGACCAAUUAGUCUCUGAAACGAAUGCCUUCGCAGCCGCCUUGGACACUAACAUGCCUCUACGUGGCACUAUUAUUGGUGGACUUGACCAACUUGUUACAAGUGCUGUCACCAAUCUGCGGUCCUACACUAAUGAUGUCUUGAACGACUUGAACUGUGAUGCAUCACAAUCACAGAGCAACAACUUCCGCCUUAAAACCAAUCUAUACAUUGUGCUGGACGCCUCCUGGCAAUACCAGACUGUGAUGCCAGCCAUUGCUUACUUAGUAGACUCUAUUGAAGUUAGCAAAUUCGGAUCCAGUAUCACUCUUCUCAGCGCCUUUGAUGGAAGUAUCGUUGUCAACACAACAUACUCUCCUGCUGAUUUCUAUGCUGAAUACAAUGCUUCGAGACAUGCAACAAUGAUGGCGGGUGUUAAUUUUGAAACGAGUUUGACAAACAUUAAGCUGAUGAUGCAACAAUCGCUUGUUAACGAAACUACGAGGAACUACGUUGGUGGAAACUCUUCAGUGUUGUUGUACCUCAUCAAUGGCAACUUACCGGUCACUGACCGUGUCUGGGAGCAAGCUAACGAGAUAAACAAUACUAUUCCUGAUCUUAGAGUGUUAUACGCGACCACCACCAAUCAGUUCGACUCACUAUGGCCAUUCGUGCGAGACAUGUACAGGGACAUUUUCACGAUCUCCCUCAACUCUGUAGGAACCGGUGUGGAUACCGCCAUGGCUCCUAUAUUGCAGCGAAUUCAGUCGGUUGGAAGAAGAAUCGUGAACCCUACUUGUGGCUUCUUAUUCAACGGAGGAACAUCUGGCGCUAGAUCAUUUGAUGACUACGUUGAGCCCGGUUACGUGAAUUACUACAGAAUUAGUCCUAACUACUUCUUGGGUAACAAUGACAACAGAAGAAUCAGGGUCAGUCGCACAAGCGGUGGCAUUGGAGGUCUCGUGGUCUGCCACUCCCGAACUGUUGAACAGCCCAGACGUGACAACUCUACAGUUCUAAUUGAAGGCAGUGAAAAUAACCCGAUAACGUGCCAAGCUUUGAAUUCUGGCAACGUGGAAAUCGGCAUGCAAUACCUGUGUGAUGGAUGGGAUAAUGCCAACUCUUGUCCACCGUUCUACAUGUCGGUAGAGUCUGAUACCGGUCUCACAGCGGGAAGUCUCUCGUCUGCUGCGUGCACAGAUGCCAACUGCAGAUUCCCAUACAACAUCAGGUAUUCAAUACAAGUGGAUGAGCUGGGAUGUUUCAAUGGAGCUAGCAGCGUGACCGCCAGCUUCCUCGUCCUACUCACCGCCUUAUAUCUUACUUUAUAUGGUUCAUAAUUAGUUGUAAACAUUACAAUUAAACCUACCGAUUAUUUUUAAUAUUUUUUGUAGUUAGAUAACAAAUUAAAUGACAGUUUCAUGCAUUUCAAACCCAGA